AUGGAUAGAGCUCUAACUCCGACGACACCUACAGCCCAUGAGACUCUUACUUCUACGGUCAUGACCAAUCUUUCAUCUCUUCUACGUGCUUCAACUACUCACUGUCCACAUGUGAAUGAGUUAUCACGUGCUCUCUCGAUUGUCUCGCAAUGCUAUAACGUCCCUGUUCCAUCCAGUGGUGCAUCUGCUAUUCAGAAAGCUCUCACAGAUGUUUCGGAUCUCUUACAGCAUCAUCGACUGUAUACAGGUGAUAAUACCGUUCGAUUGUAUACACCCGAACAACGUAUAGUCAUUGAAAAUGGGCUACGUCUUUUCUGGAUGCACGUGACAACGUAUGAAUUACAUGCAGCCUUAAUUGAUUUAGUCCGUACGAUUGAUUUCAUCCCACGAUCUGUGGCCUUGUGGAAACAAUUAAAGAAACAAACUAUACGUGAAAUUCUUCAACGAGGACCAAUGCAAUGGAUACUUACACGUGCAGAGCAAAUUACAAUCGAUGAACGCAUUCAAAGCUUGGAAGAGACGUUGGAAGGACAUUUGAGAAAAAUUGGCAUGUUAAAGGAAUUGACAACAAGGUGUUCCAGUAGAUUUGAAGAGUAUGAACAAUUGGCGGAAAGAAUGAAAGAAGGCAUGACGUUAUUGGAACUUGUGUAUAGUACCGAUGGUAUUCGUCCACCUUAUAAAGGCCACGGAGCUUUGAAAUCGCAUGAGCCAUUAGGUUUUAUACCUUUUCACUUUGAUAGAAACAUUUUUGACGACGGCUGCAGUGGCGUGAUCACGAGUGGAGAUGUUGCAAACUCACUGCGUCGCGUCGAAAAGAACGUGGCAGUGUUUCGCAAGGCACAGACGCAAUUUUCGCGAUGCUUUCAGACGGCUAUUGCACCUUGUCGUCCUCCAUCGAAGAUCCGCCAACGAUGGCUUCAAGUGACAAGCGUCGUGAUUUGUCUUGCUGCUGGAAGUUUUUGGGUGAUAAAUAACCAAAAGGAGUUCAAGGCUGGAAUUGUUGCCAUGCGUAUGAUGCUGCAAGAGUUUCUGCAUGAACAUAUGAUUGAACCACUUCAAGCCAUCUUUGAAGAGGUGGUGCUGAACCAAAAGCCAGAGAUCCAAGAUGCGAUGGCGUUGCUGGACACAAAGCAGAGCUUGCGUCGCAUGCUAGCUGAUUUCGUAAAGGACACGAACCCUAAUGUAACACAAGCUGAUAUGAGUCGCAUCAUGGACGAAAUGGACAUGUCGGUGGUAUCACUGCAAUACGAGAAGCAACUGGCUGGUGCAGUUCGUAAUUUAAUCACGGGAGAUAUCGUCCGAAUGCUACUGAUCCAAGUUCAGUUCAUCAAGAAGGAGUUGAUGGUGGCUAUGGGCGCUAUUGAUGAGCUGAUGCAUGCAAACCAGUUAAACUUGCAGAUCCUAGCCACGAUCCCUACGUUCCUCGUUUUUGGCGGUUUGUACAAAUUGAUCACCUCAGCUUUCCGCAUGAUUUACAAGCGCAUGAGCGACCGACUUUACUAUGACUCAAGUGAGAUUGCUGGAUUUUUACGCAACAACUUGCGCGACAUCGAACGCCUCCUCAAUAAGCAGAACCGGGGUGGCGUCGUUGGUGAUGACGCAGUGCUGGGUGCUCGCGAGCUUGGCUUUCUCAUCUUAUUGCUGCACCAGCUACGUGACCUCUUCGAAGCCUACCGCACACUUUUUGAAGAAGAGGAGCAAGAGCGUUUUGAAGAGGACCUGGAUGAUCUCAUUGGGGAGGGCCUGCUGGUCUCGCAACAACUGGCCGUCAUUCAGCGCAUGUACCAUUCACACCCGUUCUUAUACAGCACCAAGCCGAGCAAGUCGCGCUGGUUUUUGGAUUAG